UCUGCAGGCUGUACCGCCACCACUGCUGCUUGGAGACUAGUAGAGCCAUUCUGUCCGAGCUGGACCUCUCCAUCCUCCUGCGCUUCUUCUCCAUCUUCCUGGGCAUCCUCUCCUUCCUCCACGCCAUCUUCUUCCUCGCCCCUGCCAUGUGCGCGGCCUUGCCUGCUAUACGCGCGGCCUUGCCAGCCGGGCGCCCAGUUUACUCCAUUGCGCGGGAAGGCGGGCUGCCAACCAGACUCUCCAAAGAGGAACAGAAACACAUACCGCAGGCAGUUGUACUUAGCCGUGUUUUCGCUAAUGUACUAGAGGCGCCCAGUUGCUGCGUUCUGCAAGACGAGAUGGCGAUUUGCAACUGCAUCCUCGCGCGUAGAGAUUGGAAUCAGCGCGGCAACUUCCUCGACCUGCGGCCGGUUGUAGGUGCGUGGAUCUGCAGUAACGGCCUCUUCAAUCCCGAGUCGAAGCGUCACGCUCUUGUCGUUCCUUAUACGCUCUGCAUUCUGGCGGAACGCGCGCACAUAAGGAUGGUGCUGCCACAGGAGCUCUUGGAUAGUGCGCAUAAUGUCUCUGUCGAUAUUGUGGAACGCCUCCAUCCUACGCUCGAGUUGCUCCUCGAAUCCGUCGUAGAUGUAGAGCUGCGCAAAGGAGGGAAGAUUGCCUUCAGCAGGAAAGAGGGCGCCAAUAGAAUGAUGGAGCGCACCAUGCAGCCGAAAUGUGUAGGCGCCGCGCAGCUGCCGCGCAAGAGUGUUGUCAAAUUGGGUCCCUAAAGAGGCGAGCGCAAAGGCGUUGUUAAUGUGCCGGAUGAAGCGGUAGAACUCCUCAGAGCGCUUUGUCCGGCGCACGCGCCCAUUGACAGUGACAGUGCCAGCCAGCA